AUGGCAGCCGUUGACGCCGGCAUCGACUACACCCAGGGCCUGGGCUACGGUGUAGUCUUCGAGAACAUCCAGCUGCCAAGCGGGAAGUGGAUCUUCCCUCUUUGGGUGAGGGAGACGAAGCCGCGGUACGCACCAAUUCCGCUUCCUGUGCCUCAAUGGCAGUAUCAUUGGGAACCGGUGCGCGCUGCGGCGCCCGAGGAUGAGGUGGUACAUGGUGGUCCGGUCACGUACCGUUCUGUUCCGGCGAAUGCGCCUCGGAGCUGGCGCCCUUCCCCCCUCUCCCUCCCUCCUGCCGGCCAACAGGCUGGCGAGGAUGUCUUCACGGCCUCGGACGAGGCCAAUUUCUUCACCUCCUCUGCCUCCUCCGUUCCCGCCCCGCCCGUCUCCAACAAUGACUGCGCGAUGACCUUUUCUCACCCCAAGGUAGUCAAUCCCUGGCUCGCUGCCGCGAAGCCUCUUCCCCCGCGCUUUCCUGCCUCAAACGAGGCCAACUUCAUGACCCCUGCCCUCCCGGAGCAAUUCUGGCUUCCGGAAAACCCUUUCCCCGCCUCUCACGAGGUUCCUUUCUUCUCUCCUCCCCCUGCCGCUGUGCAGGAUUUCCCUCUCCAGAUGGAGACGGAUAUGGACUUUUCUCUUCCCGCUUCCGUUCCUCCUCCCCCUCCUCCCAAGCCCGUCGCCCCCCUAGCCAACAUUUUCGACGACGAUUGGGACUUCACUCCCUCUGCUUCCUCCGCCCCGUCCCCGCUCCCGCACGAUUGGGAGGAGUUUCAGGACUCCCAGAUGGACUUCGGAGACUUCUCCGUCCCUGCCUCCGCCCCCGCGGACGUCAAUGUCGACGCCCCGAUGAGCAAUGAGGAUUUCCUCGCUGGCUUCGGGCCAGCGGUGCACACUGACCCCGUGCUCGAGGUGUUCGCGCCCACGGGGCUGACGGACGCGGAGUACACUGCGUUUGCGAGCACCAUCUUUAACUUUGACAUGUGA